AUGAACACCAGUUCCCACCCUGCCGGACUCUACCAAUCCUCCACCUUGAAUAGCAGCACUUCAACCCUCCGGCCCCGCGCCCCUCGUCUCAUAUCCUACAUCGAAGAUGAUACGGCCAAUGAGGCAACGGCUGUGUCUACGUCCUCCUUAUCGACGCCGCAGCGCUUCUCGACGAGCAGGGCAGUUUCCCCUAUUGCAGACGUCGAUCGAGCGAGAUCUACGGAUGGUCAGUUAAGAAAUAGUGGACGUGUCGGGACAAACACCUCCAGCAGCAGGUCUUCAUCCGCUGGGCUUUCUUCAAGAGCCUCCUCCGGUGGUCGUGGUGGAACUCAGGCAAUAUGGGAACCGUGGUCCUCCAUCCAGGGACUGGCCUCAACCCUAUUAGGGGAUGUACCCGGCCCGUCCAAGGACAAGACAGACAAGCCCUUCAAGACUCCGGUCUGGAUGAAACAGGACAAACGCUAUGGUUCUAAACAGGGAACUUCACAAUGGGGCCCUAGCUCCGAAGCCUCAAGCGGACGGCCGGCCUCCAACACAGCUCAAGCAGCAAUUGAAGAGAGACAAGCACUGGUGCAGGCAAAGAGAAGGGAGGCACUCUUACUCGCCAAUGCAACGGAAGGACGUGACAGCUCAGGACGCUACAAAAGGAGAGACUCGGACGCAGGCUUGUCGUCCAAUGAUGCAAGUAAACAAUCCGACUCGGAGGGCGAAGCUCUAGUAUACCUGCACAAAGUCGAGAAAAACGAUACCAUGGCCGGCGUCAUCAUCAAGUACAAUUGUCAAGCCGAGCCAUUUCGAAAAGUCAAUCGGUUCUGGCCGAACGACAACAUCCAAACGAGAUCACACGUGUUGAUACCGCUGGAAGGAUGUACGGCAAGGGGUAGAAAGGUCGACAGUCCUUACUUGGCUCGCGAGCUGGCCUCCGAAUCUGAAUUCGGUGAAGCAGCAUCGACAUCGACGGCGACUAAUGGCCCAUCCGUUGCUGCCGUCAAUGGACUUCACCCGCCGGCGCCGGCGUCAGGCAUUUCGAAUCCCUCCAAUCCAUCAUCUCUCAUCACUUCCAUGUCCGAAGAGACAGAAUACAGACACGACUCCUGGGUCAUGCUUCCGAAUUUUAAAGAACCUGUAGAGGUUGUGCGCGUUCCCCGGCGCGCCCUAGGAUACUUCCCUCGAGCCCGACGGAAAUCGAACGCCACAACAGCCGCCGAUAUAUCCACGCCCACAACACCAAAGACAUCUUUCGACAUGCUUCGUCAUCCGCCGACCCACGCGGCACAGACGAGCGCUUCUCUCAACACUUCCCCAAUCCGCCGGCCAGGCAUGCCCUCUCGCCUCGGCUCCGCCUCCUCACUUAGUGGACGACAACGCUCCUUCAGCCUCGCUGCAGGACAUUCAUCGUCCUCAUUUGCCGACGCGCUCCGCGGACCCGGGGGCGUUGGGAACCUCCGCGGCCUCCGCACCGAAGUCGCCAAACCCGGGCCCGCGGACGAUCCGCUCAACCGCAAACUGGCCCAAUAUCUGCCCGACUUGUUGCCUCCUCAGCAGGAUCCAACUACUGUUACUCCUCCGCGGACGACAGCAUUCCAUCUCCGCCUAGCCACUCCGCGGGCCACCACUCCGCGUGCAAGCACGGAUUCCAUGCGCAGCACACGCUCUAACAGUUCCGGCCUCGGCGACGUCGGCGGCGCCAUCGAAGGCUGGGUCAGAAAAAUGGCCGGAGGAGGAAACAAAAGAGAAAAGGGCGGCGGCGUCGCCGCAGGCGUCGACAAACUCGGCGAUCUUAUCGAGUUGGAGACAAAUGCAAAUGAUACUAGUGGUGCUUCUGGCCAGCAGCAGGGGUCCAAAGCCACGGCGGCGGCAUCCUCGUCUGCGUCUGUGUCAGCGACAGAGGAAGCGCUGCUGAAUGAACGCUUCCCUCUCCGCGGUCGAGUUCGACCUGCAUAUACCACGGCGACGACAAGUUCGUCGUUGGCCAAAGAUAAGGACGCCUGA